AUGAUCGAAAGCCAGAUUGAAAUUACUGCACCGCCCACGAAAGUGCGGGAAGUGCUCCUCAAUUUCUCAGCACAUCCAGAAUGGCACACGAAGUGGCUAAAGGAAGUCAAGCCCGAAGAUGACUCCAAAAUGGGACUUUCGCUUGUUCCGGGAGAUAAGGUACAUGUUAAUAUCGAAGGCAUGAAGUUUACCGCCGAAAUUACGGAAAAUUCCGAAAACCUAUUCCAAUGGCAAGGCCCUCCAGUCUUUACCAUUGCCGGUCUCCAUUCUUUUCACAUCGAACCGACCAACGAUGGGUCAUCUACUAUUUUCAAGCAGACGGAGGAACCCAAGGGAUUGAUGUCAUGGCUCUUGAGCCCUUACGUUCUAGGAAGAUUCCUAGCGGCUGAUUUUGCUGGCUUUAAUAAAGAUCUCAAGGAUCGGGCCGAGGCCUAA